AUGGCUCCUGUUAGUAAAGCCGAUAAGAAAGCAGCUGUUGAUGCUGCUGCUUGGAUGUUCAAUGUCGUCACUUCUGUUGGUAUCAUCAUUGUCAAUAAAGCUUUAAUGGCUACUUAUGGUUAUAGCUUUGCUACAACCUUAACCGGUUUACAUUUCGCUACCACAACUCUGAUGACCAUUGUUCUAAGAUGUCUUGGUUACAUUCAGCCUUCUCAUCUCCCGUUUACGGAGCUUCUGAGAUUUAUUCUGUUUGCAAACUUCUCCAUCGUUGGAAUGAACGUUAGUCUUAUGUGGAACUCUGUGGGGUUUUAUCAGAUUGCAAAGCUCAGCAUGAUUCCUGUAUCCUGCUUGUUGGAGAUGGUAUUGGAUAAGAUCCGUUACUCAAGAGACACAAAGCUUAGCAUAGGACUGGUUCUCGUUGGUGUUGGAGUUUGCACUGUUACUGAUGUUAGCGUGAAUAGCAAAGGCUUUCUUGCUGCUUUUGUUGCUGUGUGGAGUACUUCUCUACAACAAUACUAUGUACAUUACCUUCAGCGCAAGUACUCGCUUAGCUCAUUCAACCUAUUGGGACAUACCGCCCCAGCGCAAGCCGCAACAUUGCUUGUAGUUGGCCCGUUUCUUGAUUAUUGGCUGACAGAGAAAAGAGUAGACAUGUAUGACUACAACUUGGUCUCUGUGCUGUUUAUAACACUCUCGUGCACAAUAGCGAUAGGAACCAACCUAAGCCAGUUCAUCUGCAUCGGGAGAUUCACAGCGGUUUCGUUCCAAGUCCUGGGACACAUGAAGACGAUCUUGGUGCUGGUAAUGGGAUUCUUCUUCUUUGGUAGAGAAGGUUUAAACUUGCAUGUGGUUGUUGGAAUGGUUAUUGCAGUAAUUGGUAUGAUCUGGUACGGUAAUGCUUCUUCAAAGCCAGGAGGCAAAGAGCGACGAAGCUAUUCUCUUCCAACGACUCGUCAACAGAAACUUGGAGCUGCUUCUGAUUCUGAUGACAACGAAGACAAAGCCUAG